GUCGACGUCGCAGCAAGCAAUGUUGUUUUUUGUUGUAGAAAAUGCCGACUCAUUAAUGCGCAAAUGGACAAAUUAAAAAAAAAAAAUAAGUUUUAAGAUCUGAAAGUUUUUUAGCUUACGGUGGUAGAAGUAGUAGAAAUAUAAUUUAGCAAAAAAAGUGUUAUCUAUUCCACAAAUGUGGUAAACUCCGAGCACUGGCUGGUGAACGAAACUUCUCUGCUUCGCACAAAAGCGCAUGUGUGUGAUAGUGUGAGUGCCUACCUCUGAUGUAUAGACAUGAAUACAUUUUCAUAUCACUUAAGUAAUUCAUUCUCUUAGAGACUUUGAUAGACUCCGGGCGAUUCUGCGUUUUUAAAAACAAUGUUUAGAAAGGUUUGUUGCCAUGGACCAGGUUAUAGGAGUCCUAUUGAAGCAAUGCGAAAUGGACCUCGCGAGAAGUUAUUGUACACGGUCACAGUGCAACCAAAUUUAGAAGACCCUCAUGGGGACUAUCUGUCAACUGUGGAUGUUGAUCCCGAAAGUACAACUUAUUGUCAGGUAAUCCAUAGAACGUUUACCAACCGCAGAGGAAAUGAAUUACAUCAUUCGGGAUGGAAUGCUUGCUCCAACUGUUACUAUGUUGAUUCUAAUGCUAAAGAAAUCCCUAAACGUGACAAAUUAAUAUUGCCUUCGAUAAAUUCUGAUUUCAUUUAUAUUUUGGAUGUCGUAUCUGACCCACGAAAGCCUUCUUUAUGGAAAACUAUAGAUGGAAGUGUUCUUAACAGUCAUAAUGUUACUGCUCCUCAUACCACACAUUGUUUGGCUGAUGGAAAAGUCAUGAUUUCCACACUUGGUGAUGCUGACGGUAACGCUAAAGGUGACUUUAUUUUAUUUGAAGCGGAGAAUUUCAGCUGCCUAGGCACUUGGACCAAAGGAGACCAAACGGCAUUAUGUGGAUACGACUUUUGGUAUCAACCAUAUUUUGACGUCAUGAUAUCAACAGAAUGGGGAGCUCCCAAAAAGUUUAGACGGUAUGUUGUCAUUGCUUAUUAAACAGUUAAUUAUUUA